GUCGCGUUAGGAUCACUCUUCUUUCUCUCCUUCCUUGUCUCCGUCUCUUUUUCACGGAGAGUGUAUCCUCUUUCGCGACACUUCCGGCAAACCUUUGCGUUACGGAACGGCGAGCUAUGCGCGAUGGGUCGCACUGUGAUUGCGCGCACGCAGGAUUUAUCGCGCGCUUACCUUUUCAUCGUGCUCUGCUAUACCACCGUUGGUUUCCUUCUCUCCUGCGCCGUACUGCACGCCGACGCAAUUGCACAAUAUUGCACGGAGAAAGACCUCGAUGCGGUUUGCGACCAGAGACAAUCCGAGUUUCAUGUGGAGCUGGUCCAGGUGAUAAUGAGACAUGGAGAACGAGCACCUUUGCUUAAAGAAGCCUUCCCUAAGGACGAGCACGAUUUAUCGGAUUAUAUACCGUGGGGUCUCGCUCAAUUGACUAACAAGGGGAAGAUGACGGAGUAUCAAAUCGGGAGGAUGUUGCGGGAACGUUACGACCAUUUUCUGGGACCGCUCUAUUAUCAGGAAGACGUCUACGCUGUCAGCUCGGAUUUCGAUCGCACGAAAAUGUCCUUGCAGCUAAUGUUGGCAGGACUAUACCCACCGCAGGAGUCUCAACAGUGGAACUCGGACUUGAAAUGGCUUGCCAUUCCCACGCAUUAUGUACCGGAAAAAGUGGACAUGUUGCUGAGAUCACUCCAAUGCCCAUUGUACAAAGCAGCUGUAAAAGAGGUAAUGAAUACGAAUGAGGUCCGUGAGAAAAUCGCGUCUUACCAUGACUUCUUCAAGUUCUUAAAAGAGAAAACUGGACUGAACAUCGUAGACACGGAUGGCGUUUUUCAGUUAUAUAAUGGAUUAACAGCGCAGAAAACCAUGAAUCUCACUUUGCCGGAGUGGUACACCGACGAAGUACACCGGAAGAUGCAGGAGAUUAUGUUUUUCAGCUAUGAUAUCUUUUCAUUUACAACCCAGCUGAAACGAAUAAACGGUGGCUUCCUCGUGAAGAAGUUCAUCGACAAUAUGAACCCGAAAGGCGACCCGAAUAACAAGCCUUCGCGCAAAAUAUAUAUUUACUGCGCUCACGAGUUAAAUAUCGCCGCGUUUGCCAGAAGCCACAACAUAACCGACCUGAGUUUACCGGAUUACGGCUCAGCAUUCGUCGUCGAGAAACUGCGGGACGAAAACCGCAAUUUCUAUGUCAGGAUCGCCUAUUGGACCGGCGUUUCACAAGAAUUUAUCGUUAUGAAGCUGAAGCAUUGCGAUGAGAUUUGUCCUAUGAAAACUUACUUGGAACUCACACAUGAUAUAAUACCGUCGAAAGAGGAGGAGAAUUGCUUGUGGGACAAUAUAACCAAGGAAGAAUUGUUGCAGCUCUAUUCUGAAAAAAUCAACUUAGAUUAAACCAUUAUUAUAUGUUCCUUAUUAUUGUCACGAAUAUAAUGUGCGUCGGAGACGUAUUGAAAAAAUACUCUAUCAUUGGACAUAUCGAUCCAAUUUUAUUAUUAUUAACUUAAUGUGCACUGCAUAUUGUUUUUCCUGCGAAAAGACAACUUCAGCUUCGGGAAAGAUAAUCUAUUUUUAUAGCAUCUUUUAAUCAACUAUUUAAAAGCUUAUAUAUUAAACAAUUUUUUAAUUUUCUUUUUUAGAUAAAAUUAUUUAAUUUGCAUAGUUUACCUUGAAAUCUUUUCGCGUAUAUAUAGUAUUGUGUGUUUUGUGUAUAUUUUAUUUCACAAUAAAUAUAUAAUACUUUACUGUAA